GCAAUCGAAUUCAUAUGUAUUGACGCUCUUAUUAUUUUUUAGUCUGGCGGGAAGAUUCGUUAGGGCUCACAAGAUUUCUUCAAUUUCUCUAAAAUUGCGCCAAUUUCCUGCCCAAAGCAAUGUCGAUCAGCGAGGAAUUCCAAGCAAAUAUUGAAGCCUUACCCAAUAUAUUACAAAGGAAGUAUACGCUGUUACGAGAUUUGGAUAAGAGCUUACAAGAAAUCCAGAAGCAAAACGAACAGCGCUGUGAGCAAGAAAUAGAUGAUAUGAAGCGUGGUAUAAAAUCCGGUAGCAUCACUCCCAAUUCUUCUCUUCUCAAGUUUACAGACGAUGCUAUAGAUGAGCAAAAACAUGCUAUAAGGAUUGCCGAUGAGAAAGUAGCAUUGGCAGCUCAGGCUUAUGAUUUGGUAGACACUCACAUUCAACAGCUUGAUCAAUAUUUGAAGAAAUUCGAUGAGGAUCUUCGGCGUGCUGAAAGGGAUGCCAUCGCUGCAACUCCUCCAACACAGGAUAACAAUGUCAAAGCUGGAAAGUCUGGUGAAACUAGCAACAGAGGGCGUAAGAAGACGCGCCUUGCAACAGCAAAUGCAGCUGCCGCCUCAUCCUCUGGAACUGGUGCAACGACUGCAGCAAAUACAAGUAUGGAAUUAGAUCUACCUGUUGACCCUAAUGAGCCCACGUAUUGCCUCUGCAACCAAGUGAGCUAUGGCGAAAUGGUUGCAUGUGACAAUCCCGAUUGCAAGAUAGAAUGGUUCCAUUAUGGAUGUGUUGGCCUUAAAGAACAGCCGAAAGGCAAAUGGUAUUGUUCAGAUUGUGUCGGGGGCCAAAGGCGUAGGAAAACGAGAUAAUGGACUACCAAGUUAUGUUCCCUAUGUUCAUCAGCUCAAUGUCUCUAACUUAAAACUACAAGUUCAUGGCUGAAUUUGUGGUGUAAGGAACUUUGCGUCGUAAAUGUCAAGAGUGGGUGGGAUAUUGAUAUCUUGUUGUCCACGAGUUAUGCAGUAUAGCUACCCAUUGAUAACUUAAAUCUCUUUCCAUAAGGAAAUUUAAUUUUAAUA